AUGAGUGCACCAGCGCUGUCUCGAGUAACUCCGAGUCAACUGGACGGUGCCUGUAACUGGAGUGCAGGAACAGCGUGUGCAGCACUACUGGCACACGGACGCAGCCAACGGAGACCGCUUCCUCAGCACCGUGCUUGGGUGCGCAGAAUUCGUGGGGAAAGACGAUUUCUGAGCACAUUAAAGCGUCCCAGUACCCAAGAGUCCCUCGAGGCCGUAUACUUGGACUACGUGAAGCUCCACGGUCUCCAGAGGGACUUGGAACAGCUCAGGGCUGUCCAGGUUCUGCAAAAAGUUCGCGACGACCUUGUCGCCUACUCGCAGGUGUCAGUUGCCCAGCAGGGAGCGGCGAGACAGCCUCCAAAAGGAGCGUAUCUCUGGUCAACAUUGCCUGGAACUGGCAAGACGAUGCUUAUGGAACUCUUCUACAACAAUGUACCGCUGUCAAAUAAGAAACGGGUCCACUUUAGCGCGUUCAUGUUGGAGAUCCACGAUCGUCUCCAUAACUUUCGAAAGCGUGUGCAUAAUUGGGAUAAUGAACCCCGAACUAAGCACCAAAGUAACUAUGGUCUUUUCCGAAUAGUUUUGAGAGCGCUUCUGGGAAGACCAGAAGAAGCAGCACGGGCAGAGCAGCACGACCUAUCAACGAACCCAAUCGAUAUAGUGGCGGGCGAUAUGGCAAACGUCUGUCAACUCCUGUGCCUCGAUGAAAUGCAGGUCACUGACAUUGCGGAUGCCAUGGUACUGCGUCGCUUCUACGAUGUGUUUCGAUCACGGGGUGGUACGCUGGUGGCAACUUCGAAUCGUGCGCCAGCAAACCUGUAUGAAAACGGCCUUCAGCGGGAUCUUUUCAUUCCUUUUAUUGAUGCUGUACAGCGGGAUUGCCAUGUCGUGAAACUCGAUUCCCGAGUAGACUACCGCCUACAAGCGCUUUUAGAAGAGAGUGCGGACACCUCCCAACUUCCUCUGUUCAUCUACCCGCAAACACCCGCAAAUCGCGAACGCUUUGAACAGCUCCUGGAUAAGCUCGCCAAGCGCUCGGAAGGCUCGGUGCGAGGCAGCGUCUCCCCAGUUAGGUAUGAAACAGUCGUGGUGCGAACGCUUGGCCGAGCGCUACGAGUAGAGCGCGCUUUUCCGCGGGCCUCGAUCGCACGAUUCUAUUUCGACGAACUCUGUGAUCGACCGCUUGCCGCUGUGGAUUACAUUGCGCUUGCGGAACGCUUCCAAACUUUCUUUCUAGAGAAUAUCCCGAGCCAAAUUGAAGAUCGCAAUAUAGCUCGUCGCUUUAUUACGCUAGUGGAUAUCCUUUACGAUCGCCGUGCACGACUCAUCUGUUUGGCAGGGGGUUCACCUGAGCAGAUCUUUCAUCUUCCAGAUGAAAAGAGUGACGAGGCUUUUGCGGCUCAACGGUGCAUCUCUCGCCUCUUAGAUAUGCAGACUAAGACCUACAUCAAAGCAACAUCCGAUCCUACUGAGCAUUUGCGCGAGUCAGAGAAACCACGUGUUGCUACGAUAGAAGCAACUUCGUCGCUGAUCUACUGA